AUGUACAUCUUAACCAUUGUUUCCGGCGCGUUGGUCAUCCCUAAGCAAGUGCCGCAGGCGCGCCGUACACGCGCCUUCAAUUCCAAAGUGAAAAAAUCUGAACAUACCUGGGAAAAGAAACAGACGGCAAGCAUUGGGUUCAGUCCGGGGAACUGGUUGAAGGGAUUUCGGCCAAGGAGGAAAAAACCGAUUGAUGAGGAAUUUCGGUCAGUCCGCGGAGCAGCAGUGAACACCUCAUGUAGCAAUUCUAGGUUCCAAGAUCUUCUCCCUUCAUUCAGCAGUUCAGAUACUUUAGUGAGAGUACCCCUGCUGUUUGCUCUCCCAGUUGGAAUUCCAGUGGGAAGGUCAGUAAGAGGGGGGGAUAAUGAUAUCCUCCUGAGAUAUCAACUCCUUCUUGUUCUUAUUGUCAGCCUCUUCAUCUAA